AUGGAAUCAAUUCUUGCUGCAGAUAGACCUUCAUGGCCUGAGUUGGUUGGGAAGCCGGCACAGACCGCAGCUACACAAAUUGAAAAGGAGCAGCCUUGGCUCAAUGUUAUCAUUUUGGAUCAGAAAUGUCCCACCACCAGAGACCUUAGGCUCGACAAAGUUCGCAUAUUUAUUGACUGUACUGGCACUGUUGUUAAGGUCCCUAGGGCUGGUUAA